UAACCGUAACAUUUAAAAAAGACUUUUGUUAAAGGGCUUUUUAGCUGAAGCUUUGAUCUGUUUUUUUUCCUUCCUCAUUUUGCAAGGAAGAGAGUUUAAAGUGCGCAAACAUGGCGGCUUCCUUGCUCAGAUUUGGACGACUGGGAUCUCUAAAGGCCCUGCAGGCAGAGAGCCUGAGUGCAUUACAGAAAGCCCCAGCAGUUGCUCUCAGUUCAAAAUCUGGAGAGGGCAAAAAGUCCAAAAAGUCCAAAAAAUCCAACAAAGAAAAGUCCACAUCAAAAACGUACUUUGAUAUAGAAAAACUUAUCCAACACAAAUCCUACCCAGGAGUUCCCAAGGAGGUUGUAACACCUGUUGCUGCUGCAGCUGCUACCACCGCUGUGGGAGCUGUGUCUGCAACUGCUGCAGCCAUUCCUAAACAAGCUGCAGCAGCUCCAACUGCUGCCCCUGCACCAAGUGAAACUUCGCCUGUUGCAGAGGACGGUCCGGUUGCAGUGGAAACCACACCUAUCGUUGAAGUUGCUGCUGCUCGACCUGCUGUAGAAGCUGCAGCAUCAGUUUCAGAGGUCACAGCCGAAGCUGUGCCUGUUGCUGAAGCUGCAACAGAAGUCGCUCCCGCUGUUACUGAAAUUGUGAGUGAAACUGUAUCUGCAGCAGAAAAUUUACCAAGUGCUGAAACAUCUGCCCCUGCUGCAUGCAUUAUUGAAGUUGCACCCACUGCUGAAGCUGCUGCCCCUGUAGCUGAAACUGCACCUGUGGCAGAAGCCCCGGACAUUGCUUCCACAGCUGAAGCCAUACCCGUUGCAGAAGCAGUUUGCCCUGUUACUGAAGCUUCCCCUGUCCUUGGAGCAGUCCCUGCAGAAGUCAUGGUUCAAGCAGCUCCUGCAGAAAUUGCUCCAGAAGUUACAGUUGAAGCAGCCCCUACAGGGGUUGCUGCAGGAGUUACAGCUGAAUCAACCACUGCAAAAGUUACCCCAGAAGCUGCAGUUGAAGCAGCCCCUGCAGAAGUUGCCCCAGAAGUUAUACCUGAAGCAACCACCACUGCAGUUGCCCCAGAAGCUACCCCUGAAGCUGCAGUUGAAGCAGCCCCUGCAGAAGGUACACCUGAAGCAACCACCACUGCAGUUGCCCCAGAAGCUACUCCAGAAGCUGCAGAUGAAGCAUCCCCUGCAGAAGUUGCCCCAGAAGUUACACCUGAAACAAUCACCAUUGCAGUUGCCCCAGAGUCUGCAAAUGAAGCAGCCCCUAUAGAGGUUGCUGCAGGAGUUAUGGCUGAACCAACCACUGCAAAAGUAACCCCAGAAGCUGCAUUCGAAGCAGCCCCUACAGGGGUUGCUGCAGGAGUUAUGGCUGAACCGACCACUGCAAAAGUUACCCCAGAAGCUGCAGUUGAAGCAGCCCCUGCAGAAGUUGCCCCAGAAGUUAUACCUGAAGCAACCACCGCUGCAGUUGCCCCAGAAGCUACAACAGAAGUUACACCUGAAGCAACCACCGCUGCAGUUUCCCCUGAAGCUACAACAGAAGUUACAGCUGAAACAACCACCACUGCAGUUGUCCCCGAGUCUGCAGUUGAAGCAGCCCAAACAGACGUUAUCCCAGAAGUUACAGCUGAAGCAGCCCCCACUGAAAUUGCUCCUGAAGUUAUGGCAGAAGCAACCCUUACAGACAUUGGCCCAGAAGUUAUGACUGAAGAAGCCCCUAUAGAAGUUGCCCCAGAAGCAGGCUCCACAGAAGUUGCCCCAGAGAUAACGGCUGAAGCAACCCCCACAGAAUUUGCAGCUAAAGCUGCACAUUCUCUAGAACCUGAUGCUUCCCCAGUUACAGAAUCUGUUGAGACUGUCCUAGAAGCUGCUGCUGAAGCAGUAACUGAAGUCAUUGCAGAAACUGUCCCUGUCGAAGCUGUUGCUGAAGUAGUGGAAGCGAUUGCUGAAACCAUAGCUGAAGUUGUUGCAGAAGCUGAUUCUGAAGUUGUCAGUGAAGCUGCCCCUGCAGAAAAGCAUGAUGACAUUGCCACUGUGAUCACAGAUGCAGCAGAAGCUCCCGUCGAAGUGGAAGCGCCUGACGCUGGUUUGGACCCUAUUCAGAAACUCUUCUUGGAUUCAAUUCGCAGCUACUCCUCAAUGAGCAUGGGAACUGGUGGUCUAGUUGACGCAGGUCCUGAAUACCACAAGGCCCUGGCCGAGGAAAUCGCCAAACUACAAAGGUUAUAUGGUGGUGGAGACCUGGAAUCAUUCCCAGAGUUUAAUUUCCCUGAACCAAAGCUGGAUGAAGUGUCUACCAAAUAAACAACCUUUUCACACCAUAACAUCUUGUGCCUGAGCCUGAGCCUUGGACAAAUACGAUGAUCUUGGUUGCUCUUUUUUUGACGUAUAUUUUUAUGAGACUGUGAAGCCUUUUCAACAUUUGGAUGACAAGCAUGUAUCUGUACAUGUAUUGAAUUACAGGUUGGGAGGACGUUUAUUUAAUAGCUAUGAAAAAAUUCUAUGCAUUUACAUACUGUAUUUACAUUUUCUGCAUUUUUGCUUGGUUUCUAUGAGUAGAGAAAGAAUUGAAUAGAUAUGUUCAUGUGUGUGUUGUUUUUUCUGUGUGUCUGACCUGGUUGUGGAUCUUUACUCUUAAGUUUUCUUACUCCACUGUCAUUACCUAGUGUAAUAAUAAUUUGAUUUACUUCAAACCUCCUAUAGAUCCUUCGCUGCAUUGAAAUGGUUAGCUCUUCAGAUUUGCUUCAUAUUAAGAAGGAGCCUUUAUUUGUCAUAUAUACACAUUACAGCACAAUGAAAAUAUUUUCUUUGCAUAUCCCAAGUUUGGGGUCAGAGCACAGGGUCAGCCAUGAUACAGCACCCCUAGAGAAGAAACGAUUAAGGGCCUUGCUCAAGGGCCCAACAAUGGCAGCUUGGCAGUGGUAGGAUUGAACCCCAACCUUCUGCUCAGUAACCCAGAACCACUGAGCCACCAUUUCAUUUGUGAAUAGAAUUGAAAGCAAUAGACCUAGAAUACAAUACACUUAGUGCCCACUUUAGUAUGUACACCUAGCUUAUACACUUCUAUUACAAAUAAAUAAUCUAUUCAGUGUUCGUUGUUUCAGAUACAGUACAUCGACCAUAUACAUGACUUUGUGGGAAUAUUCAAUUACUGACUGUAACCCAUCUGUUGCAACAAUAUGGGCACACACUUUACCUUUUCCAUCAGUGAAAGGGGACCACAACCGAGCAGAUAUUAUUUGAUUGGUGGCCCACAGAAGUGACACUGAAAUAGUGUGUGCAUUGUUCUGGUAUGAGUGCGUUAAUGAGUGCCACUUAAAGGUAAAAUCCACCUUGAAAUACUUUCAUAUAAAUUCCUAUAAUUAUCUUCAGUGGUGUCCAAGAUUUAUUUUGUAGUGAAAGUCUGAGUUGACUUUUAGUUUAAACGUCUUACAUAAACAUGUUCUAUUUUCACUUUGGUUUCAUACAUUACCCACAAUGCCAUUCGACUACCUGCUGAUAGUGCAGUAGGUUUAUGCCUAAUCCGACUUUCCUUGUAAGUAAUAAUUUGCAGGUCUGGAUGAAAUUGUUUUCAUCCUUCGGGAGUUCAACAUGCAAAGUGUAAAAAAUAACAUGAACACCUCCGUGUUUGUCUUUUAUUAGCAACAAGCAAGCCACUUAACUGAAGAGUGAUGUAUAUUUUCCUCUUCAAACUGUAUAUUCAACGUUUAUAGAUUUAACAAUGUAUGUUGAUUGAUCUAAAGCAAAUACUUGUAUAUACAGUAUAACUCGUAAAAGUAAGAAGUGCUACUUUGUAUAUUUCUGAUUCUGUGCAGAGCAACGUUAAUUUUAUGUCACACUAUAAAAAGGGAAUGAAGUCGAUGUUGAGAAAACUACCCUAAGUUGACAAGUAGGAAUUUUAAGUUGAGGAGACAUCUUCGGCUAUCUUUGGCUUUUCCUGGUUGGAGGUUGGAGGGAAUUAUGAGAUGUGACCUCUAGCUGAACGCAACAUAACCAGUGCAACUGGGUCGUAUAGCUGCAUUGCAGUCAAUGCUGUCAACAUUUGAUUUCUCAAUAAUAUGAUUUCGAACAUCACUGGAAAAUUAUAGGUGAGAAAAGAAGCCCUUGCACUUUUGUUUUUCUGAGAUUAAAGUGAAACUUGACCAUUAUUCCUAUGUUGGGGAUAACUAGAACACCACUGUAACUGUGUUUACAAUGUCCCCUUAUGACCUCAGCCAGGCACAUAACCACUAAUUUGCAUGGGGAUAAUGAAAAUACAGCACCAACCAACUAAUUAGCACCAGAAUCAGUAAACACAAACAUCUCGAUACAAAUUUCAUGUGGUUUAGGGUGGACUUUUCCUUUUAUUACACAUACCUUCUGCUGAAAAAUAUGGCUUGGUCUGACAAGCUACCAGCUGUCAAAACACAGGCUGAACUGGUCAAGCUGAUAUAUCAUCUUUGCCAGCUGGCAAGUUAUUUUCCAGCUUCCUUAUUACCAAUAAAUAUUUGAAAAUGUAUAAUUACCUUGCAUUGGCAUACUUGUCUUAAAGUAACUUGUCUACAAUGUUGUAUUAGUACCAGUACUUCAGGAGAUUUUCCUCUCUUCCAGCACUUAAUAGUUGAUAAAGAUGGUCUACCAAUUUGACCAGCUUGGCCUGUGUUUUGGCAGCUUGGUAGCUGGUCAGACCAAGCUGGAUUUUUCAGUUAGUUAUUGUAUAGUUAGAGACUAGCUCAUUUCCGGGGUGCACGGUGGCUUAGUGGUUAGCAUGUUCGCCUCAUGCCUCCAGGGUCUGUGGGUUCGAGUCCUGCUGGGGCCAUGUGUGUGUGGAGUUUGCAUGUUCUCCCUGUGCUGCGGGGAGUACUCUGGGUACUCCGGUUUCCUCCCCCAGUCCAAAGACAGGCAUAGUAGGUAGGCAUGUCUAAAGUGUCCAUAGUGUAUGAAUGGCAUCCUGUCCAGGGUGUACCCUGCCUUGUGCCCGAUGCUCCGUGGGAUAGGCUCCAGGUUCCCCGUGACACUGAAAAGGAGUAAGCAAUAGAAGAUGGAUGGAUAGCUCAUUUCCCCCAUGCACAGUACUAGUAAAUCUUCUUUUAACCCUUAAUUGGUGUACGUUUCUGACCACAGGACAAGUGUUAGCUGGAUAUUUUAGGUGAGCAACUGUUUCUCAAUAUGACAGUAAGGCAUUUUGUACUUGAUUCACUUGUGAAUUGUGAAUUUGGAACUGACUACAGUCUGUAAAUGUGUACAA